AUGUUGCGCUUUCGCGCUGCCGCGACUGCUCUGGCCCUAGCAAGCACAGUCGCCGGGAAGCUGCCAUCCGUGAACGCCGUUUCUACCGAAGCCAGUCUUGAGCUGCCUAAACGAGACGCAGGGUGGUCCUACGGCCCUGAUACCUCGAGCUUAUCGCGGACCAAGUUUGGAAAAGUGCCAUAUGGUGUCAAUGUUGACAAGUGCACGACACCGGGGACCAUGGCCCUCAGCUUCGAUGAUGGCCCUUAUCACUAUACCACCGAGCUCCUCGACCUGCUCAAGGACAACAACGCCGUUGCAACUUUCUACGUCACAGGCAUAAAUGGGGCCAAAGGCGCCAUAAACGACCCUUCGACUGGAUACCCCGCCAUCCUCCGGAGAAUGCUGGCCGAAGGCCACCAGAUUGGAAGCCACUCUUGGAGUCAUGAGAACAUGGAGGCUGUUGGCUCGUGGGAGCGUCAUAAUCAAAUUUUCAAAAACGAGAUGGCCCUAGCGGACUUAUUCGGCUUCUUUCCUACCUACUAUCGUCCCCCAUACACGAGUUGCGGGGAUGACUGUAUGGCAGAGCUCGGUUCUCUCGGAUAUCACGUCUAUAACUUCGAAUCCCUUCUUUCUAAAGUCUCGCCCCAAUCUUCCGGCGUGAUUGCCCUUGCGCAUGAUAUUCACGCCGAGACGGUAUACAGCUUAGCACAGUUCAUGGUCGACACUGCGCGCGACCAGGGAUACAAACUCGUCACAGUUGGCGAUUGUCUCGGCGACCCGCCAUCGAAUUGUUCCGGGGCCACCUUAGACCGAACAGUCCAGAGCGUGAACCAAGACAAGGCGGUUCAACCUGGCGCCGGCUCUGGUAAAAUCACAAAGAUACAUGCGCCUGGUGGACCUGGGGGCGACCGAGCCGCGUCUAACAGCGACCACGACGACGAUGAUGGUUCGCCCAGAGGCGAAAGCGCAGCAGCGAAGGGCUUCCACGUUCACAGCUGGAUCCACAUCCUCCCUCUUCUCCCUUCAUUAGUGGCUUCUGUCAGGUGCCAGGGCAUGAGUGGUUUGCACUGGCCGGCCAUUCGAACCAUAUUUGACGACAUCUUGGGCGCGGAUAGGAGAAUAUGCGACGUGUCAGAUUUGGGUGUACGAAGCUGGAAGUUUCGGAGCGAGAAGGCUCGUGUCAUGUUUCCUCUCCAGGGGCUUGCGACGUGGCAUUGUUACGCCUACCCCAAGUCGAGAGAUGACCGUAUAGAGCCCGGGGCCAUCCUCACCACCCUUCUCUUCCUUGUGGAUGAUGAGCUGGAGCACAUGUCUCUCGAAGAGGGCUCUCGCUUAGUGGAGAGGAUCAUUUCCAUCGUAGGCGGGGAUCUGCAACCCGACACCUCCGUCCCAGCUGAGUGGAUGACGAAAGAGGUGUGGGACAACCUCGCUGCGAUUGACGCCGAACUCACGGAACAGAUGAAGGAGCCGGCGUACGUGUUUUGGCGCUCUCAGGUGGCAGCCGAGCGCCUGGCUCCAAAGACGUUGAAGUCAUACCUACGCUAUCGAGAGGCAGAUAUCGCAUCCGCAUUCCUCUGCGCGAUCCAGCGCUUCUCCAUGGAGCAGCACAUCCCAACCGGCGAUCUCUCACGCCUCGCAGCGGUCGAGAAGAAUUACAGCGACUACAUUACGGUGGUCAAUGAUAUCUGUAGCUACGAUAAGGAGGCGCGGACGGCGGAGGAGGGUGAGGCUGAGGGCGCCACCAUCUGCUCCUCGGUGCAGGUUCUCGCCGAAGAGACGGGCUUGCUCCCGGAGAUGGCUAAGCGCGUGCUCUGGGCCAUGUGCCGCGAGUGGGAGACGAACCACGACCGCCUGGUUGUGGAAAGCGCGGUGCCGAACCAUGAGGGGCCUGAAGGGCAGGUCUUGAUGGAGUAUUUGGACGGACUCAAGCUUCAAAUCAGCGGAACGGAAGCUUGA